UCACUUCUCCACGUCGUCCAAACCGGCUCUGGGGCCCACCCUCCAUCCUACCCAAUGGGUAUUGAGGGCUCUUUCUACGGGUCAUUUACAGUCCAUCAUUCACCAGACAUCAUAUCACUGGACGCUAAUACUCAAGCUACUGACGUCACAAAAUAAUCUACAAAACAAACUGAGUUCACGCAAAAAGAAAUCUCAUAGGCAUAGAGGUCAGAGUAGUGUUUCCUCUGUAGUGCGAUUCGUAACCUUCGAGAAGUUAAGUUAUCCCGUCUUAGCGUUGGAUUAUUGUCGCCGACUUUUACGCGAAAUCAAUAAACGGAGCCGGGAUAAGAACUCAUUCAGUGGUUAUCUACACGUGAGUUUCCUUCAGCAAUAAACAAGAGACAAUCAUGUGGCCAUAAAUCAAACUAGUGGCAGCUUUCUAGUGGCAUUUCCUGAUGGUACCACCUCUCACUGCCACCUUAGUGCUCUUUCUGAACAGUUGCUGUGCAGGUGACGUGGGAAGAUGGUGAGGCAAGGGUGAUGGUCCUUAUACCUCCUGGACUCUUCCUCCUGCUGUCAUGUUGGCAUGGCGUCCAGCCAAUGAGCGUCUCCAAAAUGGCAAGAAGUUAUGUCACCACUAACAUGAAUUUUGGAUAUGUGAGGCAAAACAACAUGUUUGGCAUAUUUGGGGGCAUUGUACCAUGUGAGAGGGGGACCUGUACCUCAAGGCAAUACUGUGACCAGUCAGGGGGUGAAUCUAUAGGUUACUGCAUUGAACCACAGAUGUCCUCGAGAGGUGUAUGCUGUUCCUGUAAGUAUGCAUCAUGCAGUGGUAUGGUUCAUAUUAUUCAUAUUACACUGAUCUCCUUGUAUUAUUUAAUGCACGUAAUUCUAUCUAAUAAUUGUCAUAUGCUAGAUCUACAUUUGGGGCACUGUUUACAGUCUGCAUUCAACAGAAAUAAGGAACUAAACUGUACUUUAAGCGUGCAAAGCAUAAGUGAACCAAAAUUUUUAAAGGUUUGACUGAAGAAGAAAGAGAAACCUUGGCCAUCAUUUGUCUCAUAAAGUCUGUAAACACAGAUUUUGUCCCUGAUUGGGGUUCUCACAGCCAUGACUAUCACCUGGGAUGAGCAUGGUAUAAGUUAACCAAUGGAGGUACACCCUGCCUCUAUCUUCAGUGUCAAACAACAAACCAAGCAAACAAGCAACAAUUAACUUUUGCUUGGCUCUCUUCAACCCUGAAAGUGG